UCCUGGAGGUCAAGGAUGUUGCCCAGGAAUUUCUAUCAGCAUUCCAGGUACAAAGCCUGGCAAACAGUGCCCUGGCUUCCGUGGUCUGCUAAAGUCGGCAAGAGUCGCUGUAAUGAAGAGUGUGAAAGACCGCAGCCUGGGAGGGAUGGAGAAGAAAGCGUGGAGGGAAGUCUCCUGAUGACUCCGCUUGCACUCCAGCCUGACUAUCUCAUCCGAACACUAGAGGGCACUGUGGCCGGCGGCUGCUCCGCGACACGAACGCGGCGCUCCAUCCCUCCUCCUCGCUCCUCCUCCACGUGGGGACGCAGGAUGGCGGACGCUGUGGCGGACGAGGCAGCGGCGGGCGACGUGCAGCGGCUGCUCGUGCAGUUCCAGGAUGAGGGUGGCCAGCUGCUGGGCUCCCCGUUUGACGUGCCUGUGGACAUCACGCCGGACAAGCUGCAGCUCGUGUGCAACGCGCUGCUGGCCCAGGAGGAGCCCUUGCCCCUUGCUUUCUAUGUCCACGAUGCUGAGAUAGUGUCCUCCCUGGGGAAGACGCUGGAGUCGCAGUCUGUGGAGACAGAGAAAAUCGUAGACAUCAUCUACCAGCCUCAGGCUGUCUUCAGAGUCCGUGCUGUGACACGGUGCACCAGCUCGUUGGAAGGUCACAGUGAAGCAGUCAUUUCUGUGGCCUUCAGCCCUACGGGAAAGUACCUGGCCAGUGGCUCCGGAGACACCACCGUGCGCUUCUGGGAUCUCAGCACCGAGACACCGCAUUUCACAUGCAAAGGACACCGGCACUGGGUCCUUAGCAUAUCCUGGUCCCCAGAUGGCAAGAAACUGGCCUCUGGCUGCAAGAAUGGCCAGAUUCUCCUGUGGGACCCAAGCACAGGGAUGCAGGUGGGCAGAACCCUGACUGGCCACAGCAAGUGGAUCACAGGCCUGAGCUGGGAGCCCCUUCACAUGAACCCUGAGUGCCGUUAUGUGGCCAGCAGCUCCAAAGACGGCAGCGUACGAGUCUGGGACACAACCGCAGGUCGCUGUGAGCGCAUCCUCACCGGGCACACGCAAUCAGUUACCUGCCUCUGCUGGGGAGGGGACGGGCUCCUAUACUCUGCUUCCCAGGACCGCACCAUCAAAGUCUGGAGGGCCCAUGAUGGAGUGCUGUGCCGGACUCUUCAAGGUCAUGGCCACUGGGUGAACACCAUGGCACUUAGCACAGACUAUGCCCUGCGCACAGGGGCCUUUGAGCCUGCUGAAGCCACAGUGAAUGCCCAAGACCUGAAGGGGUCCUUGAAGGAGCUGAAGGAGAGAGCAUCAAGACGCUACAACCUUGUGCGGGGCCAAGGCCCAGAGAGGCUGGUAUCUGGCUCAGACGACUUCACCUUAUUCCUGUGGUCCCCAGCAGAGGACAAGAAGCCCCUCGCGCGGAUGACAGGACACCAGGCCCUCAUCAACCAGGUGCUCUUCUCUCCUGACUCCCGCAUCGUGGCCAGUGCCUCCUUCGACAAAUCCAUCAAGCUGUGGGAUGGUAGGACGGGCAAGUACUUGGCUUCCCUUCGUGGCCACGUGGCUGCUGUGUACCAGAUUGCCUGGUCGGCUGACAGCCGGCUGCUGGUCAGUGGCAGCAGCGACAGCACACUGAAGGUGUGGGAUGUGAAGGCCCAGAAACUGGCCACAGACCUGCCUGGCCAUGCUGAUGAGGUAUAUGCUGUCGACUGGAGUCCAGAUGGCCAGAGAGUAGCAAGUGGUGGGAAAGACAAAUGUCUCCGGAUAUGGAGAAGGUGAAGAAUUCUACAGCUUCCUACCUUACCUGGACUCAGCCUCUGCCUGCCCUGCCAGAGAUCUAAGAAUGCAGGUGGCCAUCUGCCCAGGACAGGCGGUCUACAUGUGACAGUCAUAGGAAGUUACAACAUGGAGCUAAGCCCUGGCCACUUCUGGCCGGUACUGACAGCAGUGGGAAAGCCAGGCCUCUGGUCCCCAUGUCCUUUUUCCAAGUGUCAGCUGUGCAGGCCCACACCCUCAGCCGUGUGGCCAAAUAAAUAGCAUAUUUUGCA